AUGAAAGGAGGUGGGUUUUAUAAAGGAACGAGUAGUGACCAGACUCCAUUUUUUGUUGAUAAGGAAAAAAAAUUAAUUGAAAAGUUAUCAUGGCCUGAUAUUUACAACUAUAAAAUAAAUAUAAAUAAAAUAAAUUUUGAUAUAGUAGAGAAAUGGGUACAAAAAAGAUUAAUCGAUUUAUUAGGAUUUGAAGAUGAUAUAUUAUGUGAUUAUUGCAUAUCUCAACUUAAGGAUGAACAAGAUGAAAAAGAUUAUGAAGAAAAUCGCUACCUAGAUUCGAAGAAGUUGAAAAUAAAUAUCACUGGAUUCAUAGGGAAUAAAAAAAGUGACAUAUUUGUUAGGGAAUUGCUAGAAUUGUUAAUAGCAAAUGAAAAAAAUGAAGAAAGAAUUUUAAAAUCUCAACUUGAAAAUAAAAAAAGCGAAAUGGAAUCAGCUAAAAAUGAAACUGAAUCUAUAACAAAAAAUAUAAAAGCUUUAAAAAAUAUAUAUAAUGAAAAUGAUGAAAAUUGUGAGAAUAAAAAUCGAAACAGAUCUAUAAAUUUUAUAAAAGAUAAAAUAAAACGAGAAAACAGAUAUCGAAAAAAUGAACAUACUAGUAUAUCAUCUAAUGAAAGUGAUAAUAUAUCAUAUAAUAAAAAAAAAAAAAAAAAAGAAAAAAAAAAAUCAAUUUCACUACAAUCCGAUUCUUCAUCAUUUAGUACUUAUAAAAAUAAAAAAAAUUAUAAAAGACAAUUAAAUAGAUACAAUAAUAAAGCAUCUGAUUCUGAUACAGAUUCUACUCCUAUUUCAUCAUCUGAAAGUGAAUCCUCUGAAUAUAAAAAAAAAAAAGAAAAACGAGACAAAUAUUUAAAAUAUGAAAAAAGUGACAACGAUGAUCACAGAAGAGACCAUAUAGUAAGGAAAAGAAAAGACAGAAGAGAAAAUGAAAGGAAAAGGGAUAGUGAACGGUAUCGAAUCAGACACAGAACUAGAGAUCGAAGCAGAUGUAGGAGUAGGGACAAAAGCAGAGACAGAAGUAGGGACAGAAACAGGCACAGAAGUAGGGACAGAAACAUAGACAGAAGUAGAGACAGAAACAGAGGCAGGAGUAGGGACAGAAGAAGAAAGAAGUACCGUUCUAUGUCUAGGGAAAGAAAUAAAUCGAGUGAGUCAUAUUCUAGUGAAGAAAAUUCAAGAUCAUCAUCGAGUAACAGUGACAAAAGUGAUGAUAUAAAAAAAGAAAGAAAAUUAAAUAAUCGUUCAAAUGAUUCAAAUAAAUCUGACUCUGAGGAAAGCAGUAAUAAUUCAUAUCAAUCUUCUGAAUCAUCAUCAAAUUGA